GCAAUAGUAUGAACGCUGCCGCGCUACAUGUAAACAGACUCGGUCAACGCUGUUGCGGGAACAUCAGAUAGUUAUAAAAACAGCCAUAAAGCGCCUAUAUACCGCGGUGCCUGUCAUGGCGGAUAUCUUAACACAUGUGUUCAGGACUUUUAUGUCAAAAACUUUUACAAACAAUAACUUAAGAGUCACUCCUCCAUCGCAGACCACCUGUGGCGGGACGCUGCUCAUCGGAGAGCCGAGCAUCAGCCGCCCUCUGCUGCUUCUCGCGGCCGUCGCUGCUGCUGAAACAGGAAUGAAAGUGAUUUUCUUCACCCAGACGCAAAUACAAAGUCUCCCAGUGUCUCUGCAGAAAUGUGUUCCCAGUCUGAGCCCAGAGAGUCUGAAGGUAAAUGUCUCAUGAAGGUUGUGUUUGACCCUUAAAAAGUUCCACAUCGAAAGGACAUUUUAUUCUUUAAUGGUUGUUAAUUUAUUAAGAUGAAAUGAUCAGGUGCCUUAAGUUAUAAUGAAAGACAGAGUGGGUAGUGGUGUACUUAAUAUAUUGAUCUUCUACUACUGGUAUGUUUCUCUUCUUUUUUGUCUUUUUCAGAAAAUAAAGUUUUGCUAUCCCUGUAGAGUGGAGGACCUUCUACAGCAGGUGGCCAGUCUCCAUGAGUCCAUUAACUUGUAUCCCACACCUCCCUCACUGAUCAUAAUUGACAGGCUGGAAAGUUAUCUCUGCAGUCCUGGUGGUAGCAGCACAUGGGGAUUCUAUCCGGGAGAGCAGUCCUUGGCUGCGCACCUGUCUGCUUUGCUGUGUGAUACCGCUGCUUUCCUCACACAGCUCCUGAAACAGCGCUCCUCCAGCUCAGGCCCCUGCCGUUUAAUCACAUCCUUUCGUUCUGAAGUUGACACCAGGCAAACAGUUGGAAAAGGCCCCACCACUGAUCCCAUCCUUGAAGUCCUUGAUCGCUAUUUCCAGGUUCGUUGCACUCUUGACAGAGAUGGUAGCUAUGAAGCCGCAGCAGCUGGUCUACAGGAAGUUUGGCACGUCUACUUUUCUGGGGCAGGCAUCACACAGACCUCAUGUAACAAAGACACUGAGGACAGUCCAAGCAUUGACCAGGAGUGGAAGCUGUUGAUUUUUCCUGAUGGUUUAAUGGAGUUUAAACUAGUUUGAAAAAAAAGAACAGCAAGAUCAUUUUUGAAGGUCGUUUUGUUCACUCAGGGUCCAUUUUUUUCUAAGAAGGUGCUGUUUUGUCGUUCUUGAUUUCAUUAAAUGCCUUUCAGCCCAUAA